GGGGUGAUUUUCUGUGUAAAUCUAGACUGUAAUUCUGUAAUAUAUCAUUGGACCUCUUAAAACCGACACUAAAACUUCUUGGCAUAUAAAUCACUUCUCAAAUUAUGAGUUCAUUGUAUUAUGCGAACGCGUUGUUUUCCAAAUUCCAAGUGGCGAGUUCAGCCUUCUCUACAGGCGUGUUUCCCGAGCAAACUUCUUGCGCUUUUUCUUGCAGCUCGCCGCGGGCCAGCGGCUACAGCUCGGCUUCUACCGGUGCACCGGUCUCCUCUACAUCUUCUGUCUCCCUGUCGAGCAUGUACACUAACGGUGCUAGCCUUUCCAGCCAGACUCAAGGCAUGUACCCCACUGCGUAUGAGCUGGGAGCUGUUUCUUUGAACAUGCACAGCUCUCUGUUUGACCACCCGAGUCUGGCCAUGGUGAACGCUGGCGAUCUCUGUAAAGCGCAGAGCAGUGGUAAAGAGGAGCAGAGGGGCUACCAUCAAAACAACGAAAACAACCUCCGAAUCUAUCCGUGGAUGAGGAGCACAGGUGCAGACCGGAAAAGAGGCCGUCAGACAUAUUCCCGCUUCCAGACAUUAGAGUUGGAGAAAGAGUUCCACUUCAACCGUUACCUUUCACGACGGCGGCGCAUUGAGAUCGCACACGCCCUGUGCUUGACCGAGCGCCAGAUUAAAAUCUGGUUUCAGAAUAGAAGGAUGAAAUGGAAGAAAGAGAACAAAUCAACGGGCCACUGCUCUCCUGCUGCUGACCAAAUCGGGGGUGACGAGGAAGAGGAAGAUGACGAAUAGCCACGCAAGUGGAAACAUAAAAAUAGACUUUACUAGACUAUACUAUCGAUUCCACCUGCUUUCUCUGGGGAUACACUGAGUUGGAAAAAAGACAUGCUACUUAUAAUACUGUAGGUAAAAUGUCACUGUCGUCUACCUAUGUAACUUGUGUUUAAGGUGUUAAUGUGUUAGACUAUACUAUAGUAAAUAGUAAUGCAAAGUAAUUAUAAAACGCAUUUUAAUAUAGUUGUAUACGUUUAAUACUCCUAUGUAGCCUAAAUUAUACAUAUGAAUAAUAUUAGUGGUUAAUAGUACUGGAUCAUAUUUUCACAUAUUUGUGACCUGUUAUACUAUCGGCCUUUUCACUGUGGGGUCAAACACAGAAGGGAGCAAGCUAUUUUUAAUGAUUUCAUAUUUCUAUAUAUCCCUAUUCUGUAUCUAUGUGUAAAUUUCUGUCUGCUUAAGCAUUUUUCCCUGUUAUGUUUUGCGCAAGUGUUUAAAUAAAGGAACUGUACAGCUGACUAUAAGAUGGUUGAA